AGGUACCCUGUUGUUCCCUUUUCACCCACCUCGUCGUAUGCCCAUGCCCUCAGUUAUUUGCUACUCUAACGCGCUCUCGCUCCAGGCAAGUUUGUUUACAACUCCCAGAUGUCGUCCUGGUGCGGGCCUGCCAUGGGUCGGUCUACUUUCCUGUCGCUCUACACUGAUUUUGACUCUAGUCAUGUCGCAGAGGGCAGCACUUUUAGUUUCUACCAAACACAUUUACGAAGGCGCAGAUCAACAUGCUCGGUCACUUGUCUACACGAAGAAGCACAAAUUGCACCAGAUUCUCGCCACUACGAAGUAUCUUGCUCUCGUACCAAACUCAUCCACAACCGUAUGGCCGGAUGCAGAAGUAUUGAGUCACUUUUUUUUUGAAGCACGCAAUGCAAAGGAAAUUGCGGGAAGCGUGAAAUAAAGCGCUACGAUUACAACGGGUGCAUAAAAAGUAGUAUCAAAAACUUCUUUACGACCGACAACCAUGGACGUGAAAGCUGCGUACCGACCAAGCUACCGGCCCGACAUCGACGGGCUGCGGGCCGUGGCGGUCAUUGCGGUGGUGAUUUACCACCUGGACAAGGACUUGCUGCCGGGCGGCUUCACCGGCGUGGACGUGUUUUUCGUCGUAUCCGGCUACGUCGUGUCGGCGUCUCUGCGGAAGAUUCUGCUUGCAUCCGUACCAGGUAAUGCUUCCACUACCGGGAAGAAAGGCGGAAACACGACGACGGGCGUUGAAGGUGAAGCUGGACAACACAAAGAGCUGCAGCCGCCACCUUCCACCCUGGACGGGCCUCCAAAAAAGGAAAAUAAUCAGCCAACCGCUGAUGUGCAAGCGCCAGCCUUUUCGCGGCGCGAGUUCCUGGCCGACUUCUACGCCCGCCGUAUCCGCCGGCUGUACCCGGCGCUAGUUGCCGUGUUCUUGGUGUUCACUUUGCUGCACGCCUGGAUCGUGCCCUACUGGCUCCUGUCCUUCGUGCCCUUCGCCGACAGCGGGAUGCUGGCCAUCGUCGGUGGCGCCAACAUCUUCUACGCGGCGCAAACCUUGGACUACUGGUCCCAGGACAGUGUGGCGAGCAGCAAAAUGAACCCCUUCCUGCACACCUGGUCGCUGGGCGUGGAGGAGCAGUUCUACGUGAUCUUUUCCCUCCUGGUGUGCUUGUUCGGAAACAGCGUCAAGCACGGCCUCAUCAACAGCACGGGGUUAUACACGGUCCUUCUGUCGUAUGGCCACAGGAAAUUUUUCUACCGCCACACAGUCGUAAGAAGUACAAGCUGCGACGAAGAUGACUGUGCGUGGCACAACUCUUUUCGUUUAUUGCAGUCUUAUUCAUCUCAUAAUUAUUUGUAUGCAGAUCAUCCAGAAAGAUUCUCUGUCGCCAAUAACAAACUUUGUACAUGCAUAAUUCUUUACGUGCUGUGCUGCGGUAGAUACAUUUGUGUUGCAUACAGCAAUACUGACUAUCGGGAGCUUCGUCCACUGCUUGCUCCUGCAAGGCACGCCGGACACCUCUGCGUUGGCGUUUUACCUGGUGUCUUCGCGGUUCUGGGAAAUGUCGCUCGGGGCGCUGAUGCUGCAGUUGGAAGUUUGGUACAUGACGAAAAAAAUCAGGGAAAGCAAAAACACGCGGAGCGGCCACAUCGACACCAACACCGUCGCCCCAGCGGAAGCGGGCCUCGCGGUCGUCGAGAAAAAUGAUGAAUCCACUGCUAUUAGACUACACAAGCUGCAUCAACAGAAGGCGUGCGGACAGAAAGAAUCCGCGACCGGGGUCCCCGUGGAAAUAGAGAGUGCGGCUUUCUUCAAGGUGGCACAGCAGAACCAGCAUCCCAGAAAGGACAGCAUCGUCGAUAUGAAGGAAAUAAAUCACACGCCCGGCCUCGAGCCGACCGCGACGAUGACCACGAACGCUUCGUCGGAGACCGCGACCGACAGCCGCCCGGUGUCCAGCUCGGUCUCGGCCGCCAGCGAACAAAUUGCAGACUCCCUUGCGCUGAACGAGGCACUGAACGUCGAGGGGGCGCACCAGAUGAGCGACAUCAAGACGGGCGGUUUGACCGAGAACGAGAUGGAACAAGCGACAAAGCGUAAGCACGUUCACGCCGCGAGCUGGGUUCUCGCGAAGCAGAGAGACAUGUAUCUCCAGUACUGCAACCUCUCAAACGCGUCCAUGGUCAUCAUCGUGGCAUCUUUGCUGUUCAGCAAGUCAGGAGAACACUUUCCGAUACCGUUUGCCCUGAUUGUAUGUGUGGGGAGAACAAGUAUGCUGGGUCACUUGGAACGAAGUAAUGAGGAAUAAGAAAGUAGUCACCACUUUGACGAACUUGGUCAAACGUUCUGUUUUACCGCCAUGUUGUGCGAUUUCUGUUUUAGUAAGUAUUAUCGUCUGGUCGUUGCUAUGCAAGCAUGAGCAACUGGUGCAGCAGAUUUAUCACAAAGCUACCUCAUGUUGACCCAGCCUACUUCUCUCCCCUGGAUGAAGUUCCACCAUCGGUACCUGCUUGUUCAUUGUGGCUGAGUGGAAAGUGCCGAAGCCAGAUAGUAAAGCAGAAGUCCUCAACCAUAGCAAAGGGCCAACGCCGAAGACCUUCAACAAUCUUUGCCGGGACGAGUGGAUGAUCUACGUCGGGCAAAUUUCCUACUGCAUGUACCUGGUGCACUGGCCGGUCACCGUCGCGUUUCACUGGGUCAAGCUGUCCGACACCCCCAAGUUUGGCGUCGUGUUCCCCAUCAUCUGGGUGCUGUCCGUGUUGCUGUACACGUAUUGGGAAGUGCCACUGCGGUCCGCGAAACUCGCGAAUAUUCGCUCUUUCCGCGACCUGAUAGCAGCGGUCUGCGGGACCGAGAAUUGCGCGUGCUGCGGACGAACACGGAGAAGAACAUCCGACGGCAGCACUGCCACCGCGACCGAAGGGGAUCAAAAAACGGGGAGGAACAAUACGAGCGUCAAAGCAUUGUCGAAGCAGCAAGCCAGACUGUUGGAGCGGCGCCGCGUCUUCCAGUUCGGUGCGGCUUCGAUUGCGGUCUCGGCCCUGUUCUGGGCGUUCCUCCGGUUCGCGGGCGGGCACCAGGCGAUCUACACGGGCGAGUUCGACGUGCUGUUCAACGUACCCAACCCGCGCAACCGCGAGCCGGCGCCCUUCCGCGUCAGUUCCGCGCUGACGCUCCCGUCCGCCCCCGCCUCCGCGCAGACAAACUGGCCGAAGUGCGCCUGCCAGUGGACCGGGCGGAACGUGGAGAAAACCCUGCCGGCCCCCCCGCCGGGUCGGUACACCGACACCUAUUCGUGCGCGCCGGCGAGCGGAAUUUCCGGCACCACCAUCUCCCUCGCCACCGCGGCGGCCGCGGACGUCUGCAGCGCGGACCCGACGCACGACCUGGUGCUGACGGAGCACCUGACUCCGCUCCUCUCCACCGCGAGUGCCAACGACGCCCCGGUGUGCGCGUAUGCAUCGGAAAAAAAUGUUUCGGGUCUGGACCAUUUUUGCAGGAUUUGUCAUGCUUGGCGGACACGACGCUGACCUCUGGGGUGGUUAGACACGAAGUGAUCGUCUUGUAUGCUAUUCAAAAGCGCAGGUUUCCAUGCGGAAUACGCAACACUUGGCCACGUAUCGCAGUGCGCUGACCACUAACAAGUAAAUCCCUAGACUUCAUUUUGCAUCACAACUUCCAGACCUGGAUAUACUUAUUUUCAUUUGAUAAUGCGUUCGAGCGCGCGAUUUCGUAUCCGCUGUGGUCGUGGAACAGCAUGAAGGACGACGGCAACUACCCUUGGCCCGCCUGGGACUCCCUCGACACGCGGAGUUUCUUCCCGGAAAUCUCGCAGCGGCUGCGGCGUCCCACCGCCGCCCCCGUGACCUGGUUGCUGGGCGACUCCCACGCGGCGACGUUGACGCAGACCCUGCUGGCCGCCACCGGCGAGCGCGUGGUGCUGGUCCAGACCGGGAUCUGGCUCAUGAUGGCCAGCGACGCCGGCAGUCUGGAAUUUUUCCAGGUCGUCCGCGCCGCCUUGCAACAGGAGAUCCGGGACGGCGAUCGGAUCGCGGUGACCUACUCCCAAGACCGGGUGAAGACGCCGGACCACGUGGCCAACUGGAAAAACCAACUCAACGCGCUCCAACAAAUCGCGCACACCGCGGGUACCAGCACGAAGCUCAUCCUCUUCAAGGACGUGCCCGCGUUGCCGAAGCCGGGCGUGAUGUGUUUUCCGAUGAAGUGGGGAUUAAAGCUGUACGACUGCCGGGUCGAGAAGCAAGUUUUGAAGCAGCAAAGACAGGCAGAGACGACGCUGUUCCACGAACUUGUCUCUCAGGAUGCGACGAAACAGACCGUCAGCGUGGAUUUGCUGGAUCCCAUGUGCCACAAGACCUACUGCGACGACUAUGAACCGGGAAAAAUAAUGUUGCUAGUACUGUCUGGGGCCCCCGAUAAGCAAAAGUUGCAUCUAGAGUUGCAUCUAGAGUUGCAUCUAGAGUUGCAUCUUAGAAUUUGCAUGCAGUAUAGCAGUACUUGUCACCUGUCACGUGACACGCCGUUAUUUUCAUCUUUUCAUCACCCCCGAUUUUGAAUUUUUGCAACCCGGGUCAGCAUGCAGGAACAAAGCUGCAAACAGGCGACAAACUUUCAACCUGAUCAACAGGUUGCCGUCACACGAAAACUGCCAUUUAUUGUCCACGAAGUCCCAGUAGCAUUAUUUCUCCGUGAUAGCAAAACGGUGCCCGGGUUCCCGGAGACGGUCGGCUACAUCGACUCGCACCACCUUUCCGACGCUGCGGUGUACUACCUUGCGCCGUUCGUGUGUCAUGCGCUGCACCAGCAGGGGCGGUGAGUUUUUCCGCGGAAAUGGAGUUAUUUUGACGCUAAUUUAUUAAAGAGCUGGCGUGAUUUUGGAAAUACAAAUAGGUAUAGGACCUGAUGAAGAAAUUGGCUAAGUGAUCCAAAUCCUUCCCUUAGGACUUUAGAACGAGACCGCGGAUUUAUUGUACGGCCAUCUUCCACAGCAUUUCUUCAGUAGGACUAGUUUGAGAGCUUUUAUGCUAAUUACGACUGCGUUGUACUAUUCGCUACCACAAUACAACAUCAAAACUAUACCAAAACUGUUGGAAAAAAUGCAUUGCUUUUCGGAACAAGGAACAUACAUGCUUACAUCUUUCAGCACAGUGAAAGGAAAGCCUUGAUGGAAUAAACACGUGAAUAGUAGAAGUUUUCAAGAGGAAAUUAAACGAACCGUAGUACGCAUGCGUAAUAUCUUUCACGUAUAUGAUCAUGUCGUUUCUGUUUCUGCUGUAAAAAGAUUUGCGUUGGCGCACGACGAGAGGCUCACGCCUGUCCCUGGCGCGGAGUUUUCAAUUGGUAAGAACAGUGAAAAACUUUGCUGAAUGGGCAGCAUUGUUGGAUUAUUCUUGGACACGACACAACCACCUGUACAAUGUCUACUUGUCAUGCUAGUUUGACUGCGAGUUUUUCUUCAU